UCAGCAGGCCUAAAUAAUAUUACACGUCCAACAUGGUGGAUCAAAAGUUGGACUGCAAUGGUUUUUCUUUAAAAAAUACACAUAACGAAUGCCAUGAAUGUAAAGGGGAGUUUUCAAGCAGCACAAGCUAUUGCAUCCUCCAUCAAGACUCUGCUUGGACCUUCUCAAAGUACCAAGUGCUGUGUUAAUGRUGAAGAUGAUAGCAAUGCUAUCAUAUGCAGCAAUGCUGCCAAGAUUCUUCAGUACCUGGAAGUUGAGCACCCUGUAGGGUACAUCAUCAAUGAUGCUUGYCAAGCAAUGCACAAGACAUAUGGCUGUGGAUGUAAAACAUUAGUUUGUAUGAUAGGCUUUUGGAGUAGAUCAGCAUUAACACUACAACAUGAGGGUGUUCCUUUAUCUAUCAUAURUAAACUUUUUGAUGAAGCACUAUUUAACUGCUUUCAAGUGCUUGAAGAAAUCACACUUCCAAUACAAGAGAUACUCUACGAAAGAAGUAAACAUGGUGCUAUGCCAUCAAGCAUAUGGAAAACAUCACAAGAAGAUUCCAGUCCAACUGGCUCAAGACCAUCUAGGUUAAUAAUUGAAAAAGUAUGGUUAACUACUGAAGAUGAUAUUAAUGAAGUAGRCUUUGCACAUAGACUGGAUGGUGGUUUGCUAACAACAGAUAAAUCUCUUGCACUUUCUCUGAGCAUGCAUGAAUAUAAAAAGGAGAUUCAAAACUUGGCUGCAAAGUUGCCUAAAAGCAACAAAACCCACGACAAGAGCAUAUUUAUGGCAGAUUCUCAAUGUUGCUCAGUCAUCAAAGGAAAUCCUUCUAGACAAUCUUUAAUAUUUGAUGAUACCGUUGAGGAUGASUUUGACUCCUGUUUUGAUGAUUUACCUGUCAAUGUUGGAGCGAGUUCUUUGGAAGGAAUGGCAUGCAACAACACAAAACAAAAUACCAAUAUAUCAACUAAUAAAUCGGAACGGGAGAAAAUGGAUCAAAUGCUAAAAGAUCUUAGUUUUUCAGGACAAAAAGUAGGAUCACCUAAGGUUUCCAAUGGAAAAAACGUUUUAGAAAUCUUAAAAAGUUGUCGUAACUUGUCUAUUGAUUCUCCUAAGACACAAAGAGUACAAGAAUCUUAUCAGGAACAAAAACAUUCUUUUCAUCAAGGUAGCUUUAAUUUGGGCUUCAUAAGAAAAGGAGAUUUUGAAAGACUUGGGAAAAUGUUAUCUCAUGGAAAAGACAAAGUGAUGGGUCUUGCAGUGGAAGUCAUCUUUCAUCAGAUAUCUUCCAGUAGGAAAAAGAUGCAUUUGAAUAGAUUUGAUGUUGAUGAAAAUGCUAUAAAUAUUGAGAGAAUUAUUGGACCAACAAGUACUCAUUCAAGUUUAGUUAAUGGAAUCCUCUUGCAUCAAAAAGCACAGCYAAUUGGAGCAUUUCCACUGAAUGCUUUACGUGUGGCUUUGAUUAAUGGAGACAUCACAGAGGAGUUUAGACAUGUUGGCUUUAAAGACUCGUUUCAGAGCAAGAGGAUUUUUAAUAAAGACUCUUAUGAAAACUUUAGACCCAGCAACACCUCCUGGCUUCAGAUGAUUUUAAGUGUCUUGAGAACAUUGAAUAUCGGCGUCAUAAUUGCAAGAGGGAAUAUUGAUACAGACCUAGAGGACAGCUGUCAAGCAUUGAACAUACAAACAUUUUCAGGAAUUUCGUCAAAAAUACUUCAGCUUUUGUCACAAUCACUUGGUUCAACCGUCAUAGUUUAUCUUACAGACUUGAAAGAGUCUCAUAUUGGUAGACCUGUUAUCCUUCAUCACUGGAGUGGACCACAGCCUGGGAUGACCAAUGAUAAUAGAUAUUUUGUAGUUUUAAGUCUGUAUGAAAACCAAAAAGCUGAAGCCACCUUGCAGCAUGGUAGAAAUAAUGUUGGAUUAAAAGAAAAUAUGAAAGAACCCAUAGAUGAUAGAGAGAUUUUGCAAACUGUGUUGUUUUGUGGUCCAUCUGAGCAACUUGUAAUGGAUUUAGAAUUAUCAUUCUGGAAUUGUGUUUUCCGUCUUCGAAACACCAUCAACUGUGGGUCUAUUUUACCAGGAGCUGGAAUUACYGAGAUGACAUGUAUUCAGAAACUCAGAAAAAUAUCAGAGAAUCCUGAUCACCUUGAAGAUAAACCCAGUAAAUCCUCAAGUUGGUUGCAAGUGAGUCUAUCAUCCUAUCGCCCAGUGGUAUAUGCAACAUUUGCAGAUGGACUCGAAGAAUUUCUUGUCAAUCUUUUAUCUAACAGUGGGUGCAUGAUGAACUAUGGUCAAGCCCAUACUGCUGUCCAGGAAGCACUAGAUGACCAUGACCAACAAUCAUCAGGGUACCAGUAUCCUCUGGUAGCUGAUGACUUGAUUGCAAAAAGGAAUGCAUGGUCUAAAGCUGUAGGUGUUGUAUGUCUGAUGCUACAGUCAGACAUGGCAAUUGUAACUGGAAGUCAGACUAGCUAGUACAAACUAAUCUACAGCACUGACUCAUCUGUAUGUUAGACAUAUGUUAUUUACCAGCUUGUUAUUUACCAAGUUGGUCUGAAAAGGGAAAAACUGCUCGAGGUCUUGAAUAUAUGGAACAAGGCCAUAAGUCAAAAAAAAGUUUUAGGUUUUAUUCCAUGUUUUAUAACUUGAUUUUGGAAAACAACUUUGUCAUUUCAUAUUUCACCAAGAUGUGAUUAAACCUGUGAUAGUGCUAUGCUUUCAUGGAUGCUUGGUAUCCAUCAUUAUUCAUUCAUGUACAUUGUACAAAUGUAUCUUGCAGUGAAACCCUUUUAUGAGGUUUUAUUCAAUUGGUGGACAAGUACUCACUUAUAAAAUAAAUAAAUAAUAAUUUAUUAAACAAAA